AUGUCUGCUGCUAAAGAAUUGUUAGGGAAUGAUCAUGAUCAUAAUCACAAUCGAUCUCACCAGGAAAUGAUGAUAGGUUUACUCAAAAUACUGGUCGAUUUACAAGUAAAACAAGCGGAGUCACAAGCAACACAAGCGGAGUCUCAUGCAACUACUCUACAUCAAGUUGCAACUACUCAGCAUCAAGUUGCAACCACUCAGCAUCAAAUGAUGGAGAUAUUAACAAGUAGCACAACUGACGAGGGAAAACACAAAGUUGCCCAAAAUCCUUCACUAUCAUCGCGUCUGAAUCAGCCAGUGCCUCGUUUCAAACGAAUAUACAAUCAAUUAUACAAUGAAAAAAUGAUGCAUAGACAAGCUUAUGAGUUGGUUGAAUGUAUGCUUUCACAACUCCAUAAAAAAAUGAAUAGGCAAAAAUGUGAUAUCGAUACGGUGGGGCAAACGAUGCUGCAACUAGCUAUAGCUAAACGAAAUGAAAUGAUCGUGGAUCUCAUAUGUGAAGCAAGUGAAGAUGGAAUUAGUGAUCUAGUUGAUACGAAUGAUAUAGAGGGAAACACUGUCCUGCAUUACACUGCCAAGUUAGCACCCUCUGAUCAUCUUAAUACGAUCUCUGGAGCAUAUCUUCAGAUGCAACGAGAACUGCAGUGGUUUAAGGGGGUUGAAAAUAUGAUGCUUGAGAAAAAUAAGCUCAAGAGAAAUGCGAAAGGGGAUACAGCUCACCAUAUAUUUAUGGAGGAACACAAAGAGUUAAUGGAAAAAGGAGAAAAACUGUUGAAGGAUACAUCUGGAUCGUGCAUGGUAGUAGCAGCCCUUAUUGCUACAGUAGCAUUUGCAGCUGCUUUUACUGCACCUGGUGGUAACGUCAGUGAUAGUAACAGCACAAAGAAUGGCACCCCAGUUUUCUUAGAUAAGACUUCAUUUACACUUUUUGCAGUAGCAGGUGCCACAGCGUUAUUCUCUUCUGUCACAUCAGUACUCAUGUUUUUGGCCAUAUAUACUUCCCGGUACGCGGAAGUUGAUUUCUUGAAGUCCUUGCCACGAAAGUUGAUAGUGGGACUUGUAACUCUCUUCAUAUCUAUGGCGACCAUAUUGGUUGCAUUUGGUGCGUCAUUGUAUAUUGUGCUUGGAGAAAGGUUCUCAUGGGCUGCGAUUCCUAUAGCGUUGUUCAGUUGUGUUCCUUUGACAUUAUUUGCAUCAUUGCAGUUACCACUGUUUUUUGAAAUGGUUCGUUCCACGUACUGGAGUAGUCCGCUUCAAAAACAUAGGUAUAUCCCCAGCCAACAGUUCAAUACAAAGAAAGAUAGCUGA